AUGCUUUCGGAGAAAGCUCACUAUGAUCAUUCGCUAGCUGGUUAUUUGCACAAGAGAACUGCUGAUUUAACUAAGUGGCAAUUGCGAUGGUUCGUACUCUAUCAGAAUAUACUUUUUUACUAUGACAACGAUUCAUGCUCUCGACCUAGUGGUGUGAUUCUACUUGAAGGUUGCUAUUGUAAUCGCUUAAUUACUGUUAAAGGCAGGGAUUCUGAUAAGCAGAUAUACUUCGCUAUUUCAUAUAGGAAAGAAAAUCAACGUCAGUAUGAAUUAAAAUCAGCUACGGAAGCAGAAUGUAAAAUGUGGAUCGAUGCUAUAACAGAAGCAAGUUUUAAUAAAAUGCUUCUUCAAAAAGAAGAACUUGAGCAAAAGCAUUUACAUUUGUUAGAAAUUGUUCGAAGCGAAAAAAUGGCAAAAUGGCAAUAUACACAGCAAUGUGACGAAUUCACUUCCGAAAUUAAGAAACUCCGAGCUGAGUUGUCUGCAUUGAAGAAAGAGUUUCAACCUAACUUCAUUACGAGUUACGGUGAAUCAUUUCAUGGAAAAUUUCAAAGAAUUUCUUCUCAAUCACUAAUUAAUGAUAGUACUGCAAGUCAAUUUUCUCUUUAUGGCAAUGGGUCUCAUGGAACUUCAGGUGUAAUCAGUUCACAUUCUAUCGGACUCGACAGUAUUUCCGAAGGUAGUGUGGAAAUGCAAAAAAUAAAGAAAGUCCAAAGCUUUUUUAGAGGGUGGUUAUGCAGACGCCGCUGGAAACAAAUUGUCGAACAGUAUAUUAAAAGUCCACAUGCCGAAAGCAUGAGAAAAAGAAAUAGUCUUGUGUUUCAAAUGGUAGAAGCAGAAGAAGAAUAUACUGAGCAAAUGGAAGUAUUAGUAAGCUGCUUUUUAAGGCCUUUUAAAAUGGCUGCAAGUUCGAAGAAACCACCCUGUAGUCACGAAGACGUUAAUAGUAUAUUUUUAAAUAGCGAAACAGUGUUAUUUUUACAUCAAAUAUUUUUGAAAGGCUUAACUUCUCGUAUGGAAAAUUGGCCUACGUUAGUUUUAGGUGAUUUGUUUGAUAUGCUACUUCCAAUGUUGUCAAUUUAUCAAGAAUACGUACGAAAUCAUCAUUAUAGUCUCCAAGUAUUAACCGAAUGUAAACAAUCUUCUUCGCAAUUUUCUGCUUUACUGUCUCGCCUAGAAAUUAAAACUGUCUGCGAUGGCAGAUCACUUGAAAUGUUUCUCACUUAUCCGAUGCAUCAAAUCCCUCGAUACAUUAUUACCUUGCAUGAACUUUUAGCUCAUACUCCACAUGAUCAUGUAGAGCGUAAAAGUUUGCAAAAUGCGCGUCAACAGUUAGAAAAUUUAUCUAGGCAGAUGCACGAUGAGGUCAGUGAAACGGAAAAUUUACGAAAAAAUCUGGCUGUUGAAAGGAUGAUUGUUGAAGGUUGUGAUAUUUUACUCGACGUGAAUCAAGUUUUUGUUCGUCAAGGAACAUUAAUUCAAAUUUCAGAGAAACCAAAAAAUUCCCGCAAACGAUUUAGUGCCACAUUUGGAGGAAAAAAUUUAGAAAAGGAGACGUUAAGACAGUGCUUUCUUUUUUCUAAUCAUUUAAUAUUAACUACACGUCAAUCUGAUGAUGACGGUCGACUAAAUCUCGUACCGCAAAUUGGAAAAAUACCACUUUCCGAUGCAGUUUUAGUAGAAGAUCCAAGUGAACAAAGUACUGCUGAUGAUGAUGAAUUAUCAGUAUGUUCUAUGUCUAGUGGGAUUAGUGAGAGUAGUGGAAGUGGUAGUACAACAACGACAACAUCAACUUCGAAUACACUACUCAAUCGCGAUUUUAAAAUAAUUUUUGAUUUAAAAACUAUAGGCGAUAACCGACAAUACAUUAUUCAUCUCCUAGCACCUACCAUGCAGGAAAAAGCUGCUUGGAUCAGUGACCUAAGUCAAUGUAUGGACAAUGUACAUUUCAAUGGCUUGUUACAUGGCUCUUUAUCAGAUACAAGUUCCAUUAUAAUGCCACAAUCCAUAAGGAAUGAUCCCAAACUUUUUAAGGAUGAUACAGAUAUACGCUUUAGUCGCACACUCAAUUCUUGUAAAGUGCCACAAAUUCGUUAUGCAACUCCUGAUCGUUUAUUACAACGACUUACUGACUUGCGAUUUCUCAGUAUAGACUUUCUCAAUACGUUUUUGUUAACCUAUCGUGUUUUUACGGAUGGAAUUACCGUUCUUGAAGCACUGAAAAAAGUUUUCUAUGAUUCCGAGCCAUCAGAUGUUCAAAUUUCCAGAGGUUCUAUAGCAUCAUUAGAUGUUUCGGAAGUAAAUGCUGGAGAAAUACAACAGUUAUUAGAUGAUCCAGGAAGAAACAGUUCAGCCUUACGAAGAACAAGUGGUGCUAGUUCCGUUUCAGGUUAUGACUCAGAAGUAAGCGAAAAUCGAGAAACGGGUAACUAUAGUAUAACUGAAUCAAGUUCCAGUAAUUAUACGCCUAAUACAAAGUUACAUUGUCGGAAUAACUACAAAAUACAAGAGCAACAAUUGGGACUAAUCUCUGAAAUAAACCAUAGUUCGACUUCUGAGAUAAAAAAAAUUACUUUAACUGAUCAAUCUCUACAAAAAGUUAAUACUUGUAUUAGUGAUAAUAACAGUGUAAAAAAUAAUAAUUUCCAUUUAACCAUUCCUCAAGAGAUUGCUGUUUCUUCAAGUGCAGAAACUCUUUCAGAUAUAACAGUCAUUAGUGCACCCACAUCACCUAGCAAUUUAAGUUCUGUAACUUUAGUGGGCUCUGUCGAAUCAGAUUCGUGUUCUGGCUCCGAUAAAAGUCUUCAAGGGACAGAUAAUAUACAUUCUCAUUAUGAUUCUAAAAACAUUGGCGAUACACCAAUUGUGAACGACGAAUUUCAAUUCACAUAUGAAGGAUGUUAUCCUCCAUCAUGCGAAACAACUAAUGUUAAAAGUUUACUACAGCAAUCGUCAUCUAAUUUAUCUAGAAAUAAAGAUGCAGAAUCUAGUAAAAAGGAAUGCGACUGGCCAGAUGAAAUAAUAACAUGUUCUGAACCUACUCAGUCCUCGCGAUUCCGUAAUUCACAGAAUUAUGUUUAUACAAAUCAUCGUGCAUCCAUAAAUUCGGUAUCUUCUUCGACUACAAAAAGUGGAUCCAUUUCAUUAAUAUUUCAGAAUUAUUGGAUAAAUAGACGCUCUACGCAAGAUAGUGACCUAAAUUUAGGAAAAAAACAAAGUUUUCAUCAACAUAAUAUUCCUCAAUCAUCUAGUAAAGCUGGUGUAGUUAUUACCAGCUUUCGUAAGAGUCAUCGAAGAAGUAGUACUUCAACUUCAGCAACAGCAUUCGCUAUUGCGACAUCAGCCUCUAGCAAUCCUCCUGAUAAAAUUAUACAUCAUGACGACAGUAGUAAUCGUGUUUCCAACAGUGAUAAGAGUCGUAGAAAGGAAUCUGUAAUGUCAACUGCGGCAACUAUGCGUGUCUUAAAUGUUUUACGUCAUUGGAUAUCUAAACACUCACAAGAUUUUGAACUUGAUUUUAAAUUAAAAAAAUUAACUAUUGAAUUUCUUGAAGAUAUUAUUUACAGUCCGAAUCUGUUACCAGCUGAGCAUAAAGCAGCAAGUCAACUUCUACGAUUAAUUACCAAAGAAGAGACUAACUAUAAUAAAGUUGAUCUGAAUAAAUUGCUCCAACCACCUUUAUUACCAAGCAUUGAAAACAUUGAAUCUUUAUCUGCACUUGAAAUAGCUGAGCAAAUGACCUACUUAGAUCAUCAAAUUUUCAUUUCGAUUGCAAGCGAAGAAUUUUUGGGGCAAGCUUGGAUGAAAACAGAUAAAGCAAUAAAAGCACCAAAUAUAAAUUUAAUGACGAAGAGAUUUAAUGAAGUAUCACAGUUGGUAAUUUCUGAAAUUGUUCGUAGAUCAAAUAUGCAAGCCCGUGUGGCUGCAAUCGAAAAAUGGACAGCUGUAGCCGAUAUAAGUCGAGUACUUCAUAAUUACAAUGGAGUUUUACAAAUUUGUGCAGCUUUUACAAGCAGUAGUGUUUUUCGACUAAAAAAGACAUGGGAAAAAGUAUCGAAACAGUCAAAACAAACUAUUGAAAGAUUGCAAAUUAUAGUCUCAUCUGAGCAUAGAUUUAAAAAUUUAAGAGAUGCUUUGCAUCGAUGUGAUCCACCUUGCAUUCCAUAUCUUGGUUUAUAUCUUACGGACUUGUCAUUUAUCGAGGAAGGCACUCCCAAUUUUACUGAUGAUGGCCUCCUCAACUUUUCUAAGAUGAGAAUGAUUGCACAUGUAAUUCGUGAAAUCCGUCACUUUCAGCAAACGCCAUACAAAAUCGAGUUAAUUACAAAAGUAACAAAUUAUCUUUUGGAUCCGACAUUAUUAUUGGAAGAAGAAGAUCUCUAUAGAAUGUCAUUGAAUAUUGAACCUAGAAGUGCAAGAUUAAGUAGCUCUACUUUAAUCGGUCUUCCUCCUAGCAUAAAUUUAAAAAAAGAUACCUAA